AUGAGAGCACCAUGGAUCUCUUGUUUUUUCUUUGCCUUCUUUCUUGUUUUCUCAUCCAACAUUGUGUUUGGUAGUUGGCCAAAACCAGGCUCAGCUGUUACACACCGCUUUAUUCCUACUCCUACUGCUAAUGGAAACGACACAAACAUACCAGAUACUCAGCAACCCUUUCCUACUGCAGAUCUUUCAACAACUUGGACCAACGAUGAAUCUUCCAUGCCUUCCAUCAAUUUCACAGACGAUGGCUCAAAGAUCAGAGUCAUACUCGAUCAAGACAGAUUUGCAUGUGGCUUCUUCUGUAAUGGAAACUGCACAUCUUACCUCUUUGUCGUUGUUAUCAAGUUAUUUUACACUCCGGAUUAUAUAUUUGGCACAAAAGGCAAUCCGACAGUCAUUUGGUCAGCCAACAGAGACUAUCCGGUCAGCCAAGGUGCAACAGUGAAUCUCACUGCAGCUGGAGAAUUGGUGUUACAGGAUGUUGAUGGAAGCAUAGUUUGGACUACAAAUACCACAAAGAAAUCUGUUUCUUUCAUGAACCUAACUGAUAAGGGAAAUCUGAUGCUGCUUGAUGCCAAUAACUCCAUCAGUUGGCAAUCUUUUGAUCACCCGACAGACUGUUUGGUAGCUGGGCAAAAGCUAUUUCAAGGACAGAAGCUCAUACCUAGUGUUUCCUCAACCAAUUGGACUGCUCAAAAAGGUUCUUACUAUCUUCAACUCACUGAUAGAGGUCUGUUUGCUUACGUUGAAUCAAAACCACCUCAAGUAUACUACCAACACUUGAUAAAUGGCAAAAACACAAUUAAUAAAGAAAGCAUUUAUGUUGAACUCUUAAAUGGGAGUGUGUGUUUCUUCAACUCUUCUACUAAGCUUGAUGCGAUUGAUAUUCCUCAAGAAUUCCCACUUGAAUAUAUAAAACUAAUGCCAGAUGGGCAUUUGAAAGCCUUUGGAGGCGAGAGAGUGGCUGAUCUACUAAUCGAUUAUGAUUUUGGAGAGUGUUCUUAUCCUUUGGUGUGUGGGAGAAAUUCAAUUUGCUCGGCUAAUAUACAAUGUAGCUGUCCGAAAUCAAGCUCUCCCAGUACAGAAUAUUUUAGGGCUGUGGAUGAUAGCCAACCAAACAAGGGUUGCUCUCAAGUUACUCCUCUCACAUGUAAUUCUAUCAAAGAUCAACAUUUCAUUGAACUCAAGAACAUCAAGUACUUCACGUAUACUGGUGACAUGGUGAAUGUGGAUAUGGAGACUUGCAAACAAGCAUGUAUGAAAAACUGCUCAUGCAAAGCAGCUAUAUUUGUGUAUCAGAGUUCGAAUUCUUCAAGUGGGUAUUGUGAUUUACCUUCUGAUCUUUUUACCAUGACGAAAUUUGAUGUAGAUGUAAAUAAUCAAGUCCAUGCUUCAGCUUUUAUAAAAGUCCAGAACAGAAGACAUAAAUCACCAAAGAGAUUAAAUCAGGUUGAGAAAGUUAUUGGUUUCACAGUUGGAAGUUUGUUGUUGCUCCUUGUUGUGAGAUGUUGGGAACAAGGAGCAUUGUUAGAUAUAGUUGAUAGUUGCGGUGAUGAUAUGCAAGUACAUGGUAAUGAAGUCAUGGAGAUGAUGAAAGUUGUUUCGUGGUGUUUGCAAACUGAUUUUACGAAAAGGCCUUCAAUGUCAACAAUGAUUAAGGUGUUGGAGGGAGUAAUGAAUGUUGAGUCGGACUUGGAUUACAACUUCUCACACCCAAGGCUGCAGAAAGGAACAGACGAAUAUGAGAAGUACUCAAUGCCAUUGUUGCCAUCUAUUCUAUCAGGGCCGAGGUGA